GAUGGCGGCCCUAUCUGAUCCCUUUGCCUACAUCUGCGGCCUUCUGUGCCGAGUGAGCAAACGCCAUGUACCUGCCUCUACGUUAUGUAGACGCACAUUCCUUCCUGCCUCUCUGUUUUGUUUGUCUUCAGCAUGAGUUUGUGCAGACCGGUGAGCCGACUCGCACGGCGUGGGGCGGCGGCAUGCGUGUACUCGACUCUUUCUUCCUCACACCCGAUGGCGAGGUCGCUGACGUCUACCUCUUCACCGGCUGCCGAGGCAAGAAACACGAGGACGAAGGGGCGCCGGUUCGCAGCUGGUACGAAGUCACAUUGAGGGGGAUGGCACAAACACAUCAUUCCUCCUUGAUUCAGGCUCGGCGCCGCUUCUUACCUCCAGACGAAAUCUGCCGACCGGCCAGCACGGUUCGUUCCCUUCCCCACAUCUCCCGCUGCGGCGCAGCAGGAUGAGGACUUGGAUGUGGGCAUGGAGAAGCCAGCCUCCUUCUUCAUUGCGUGGGGAAGGAAGGCUCCUGUAAGGCGGCCGUCUACCGCUCAAAGACCUUCCACUGCCGGUGAGCGAGCGACCGAGGCAGCUGUCGGCGAUAGUGUCGUCUACGUAGCCUGCUCAAGUGUUCUGCACGGGCCUGGGUGAUUUCAGGGUUGACAUCUGGUGCGAUGGUUCGUCCAGUGGUGCCCUCGCCGUGUCCUGCGAGCGUCUAUCAGACGAGUGUACACCCGCUGACCAAAUCUGAGCUACACAAGAUGGUCUGGAGUAAAGCCAAUGGCUGAAACGAUGGAGUGUCAUACUCGGGCUGUUGUCGAUGCAUGCAGGUGGAGCUGAAGAUGUUUGAGGGCCUGAAGAUGUUGCAACCAUAUGUAGAUGUCAAGGUGACUAACUAUAGAUAGACCAGAAGAUGCACACUGUGUUCAUGGCAGGGAGGCGGCGUCUUUCGCGCCCUGUAUCGCCGAAAACAGCCGACGUCUCGUGCCCCGUCGCCCACCACCAAGAGAAAGGGGCGACCCCCUCCAACUCCGCUUCCCGACGCCCUGGGCUCCACUUGCAACAUAUGGCGGACUUUUUGGGACGUACCACCGGCUCCCCCGAGACAGCAGCCUGACUUUGGUCUCAGCAGGGCGCAAGUGGGGGGUCACGAUGGGGAUGCGGGCGGUGCUGGUGGGCAUGAUGCGGAAGCGGGCGCGGGCGUCGUUAGGACAUUUGAGACUGUCUCGUCCCGUGCGCAGCAUGUGAGGGAAGGGAGGGAGACACGAGGCAACCGAUGAGCACCUCCUGUGCCGUUGUCUAUGUGUCUGUGUUGCAGAGGUCCUUGGAGAUAAGGUCCCCUGAACUUAAUGGUCAGCAACAGAGCCGGCCAGUGCAUUGGACAGUGAGGCAUAGGCAUACGUGUCGUGUUUGUCCUCCCCAGGUCUGUUGCGUAGUUUGAUGCAUCAGCUUGUGCUCUUCGUGCAACACGCUGGCCUAAUGGUGAGCAUUGCACAGCACACGACACACACAGGAAGAGAUUGGCAUCCGUCGUCUGUCGCUGACAGGAGGUCUUCGAGCUUGAUGUUGAGUUUGCUAUCGACAAAAACAGGCGGGUAGGCACGCACCCACCGAGCACAUAGUUAAUAGGAUGGAUGUCUCUCCCCUGUUCCGCUCCUACAAAGGUCUGGCUAUCCUACGCCCACACCUGCAUCGCAAAAAGGAAGAAAAAACGGCCAAGGCGACCUCGCAGCGCAUCUGACAUAGAGAGCCAGUGGCGGACCCAAGACAGACCCACCAAGAUGGCCCUGAUGCAAAAGGUGAACAUUUCUUGCACAAACAUGCGCUCACUUUCGCAUCCGUUUCCUCUUCUCAUCGCCAGAUCGUAGUGGCCCCCUGGCGGACGACACGAGGCGCAUGUGCGUUGUGCGACCGCCCUGCCUCCACCAUCACAGCCCCAAAAGGCCUGGCGCAAGCAGCAGCUGCCCCGCCGCCGCCAGUGGACGACGGUACCUUAUCACUCCCGCAGAGAAAAGGUGUAAAGGUGGCCGACAGCGCUCGACAGUCGCACGUCGAGGAGGCGCCUGAGGAGGUGCUGCAGGACAUCCUGGUCGGUCGGCGAGGGGACGGCGGGACAGCGAUGUGGGUGAAGACUUGUCACGUCUCAUGUGUUGUUUUCGCAGCCUUCCAGCAACACGCCUGAGCAUUGGAUGCUGGUUCACCGCACGCUCAAGAGAAUCAAAAACGCUGAAAAGUUAGUGAGACACGCUCACCGGAUCGGAUCAGAGUCAACACGCGAACCACUCACCGUCUCGCUUCUUGCCAUGCAGGUGCUGGUUCGAUCCUCGCCCCUUCCGCGAGGCGUUGGUGCGGGUCCCGUACAAAGACGUACUGGAAAACGGUAUACUGAUGAAAAAGAAAUAUCUCCGAGGAAACCAGUGUACACGCCACGUGUGUCUCGCUCAGUGUUGCUUCCCAGCGUCAAGCCGUCUCGUAUUCGCUCAUCCAUUCGCUCGUCAAUUCGCUCAUUGACCGACAAAGGCACUCAGUCCAAGCGCGUGUCGACAUUGAGUCGCGAGAGUUCCUUCGCUGAGGUGAUCAGCGAAGGUCUGGGUGACAGAGAGUGGCGACGCUUCAGAUACCUUGAGUCAGCAAUGAAGCCUGUCCUGGUGACACAAUGCACUCGUCUGCGUGCAUUUGGCAGUUCUGAAUCUUUUUGUGUGUGUCGUGUCGUCUGCAGAUGUGUCCAAACUGCUGGAGCAUGAUGGAACGCUUCCGGUCGAUCAAGCAGCGCGCCCAGGCGCAGAUCGAACGCACCAGUCGCCCCUCCCCGCCCCGCGAGCGACCGCCAUCCCCAUUCAACCGACUCAAGAAAGUGCUUCAGAGCACUGCUCCCUCAGCAAGCACACUGAUCCAGGAGAGCAUUCGCGAUCGGCGAAAGUCAUCCAUCAGGAAAAAGGGUAUUCUCGCGUCGUUUGCGUUCAAAUCACUGCCGUCGGAUGAGGAUCUGCCGGUGCCGGGGACGCCCGAGGGGCCCGGCCAGGCCGGCGUGAGCGUGCGGCUACCGACGCCUUCGUCCGAUGAUGCCGCGACUGACACGAUAGGCGAAGAGGCGAUGCGGGAGUGUCUGUCGCCCAGAGAGGAGGAGGUCGUGAUGAAGAAAAAGAAACCUGUCUUGAGGAAACCCAUGUAUGACCUCGAAGACCCGUGGGAUGAGAUGGAGAACAGGCCACUCAGGAGGCCGCAGGUAAAGGCAAUGGUUAUCGUCUCCCCACACACGCAGUUCCCCUUUCCUUCUCUUCUGUGUGUGUCCAGAGUUCGCCCAGCCGCUUCCUGCAUACGCGUCAAGCCAUCGCAGGAGACUACAUUCGACGCGGCAUCAAGUUAGUGGCUAACUGGCACACUGCACAUACCACAUUACAUUACCUCUCUCAUGUCUCGACCUCCACAGGCGUGUUUUGCCAGACCAGCCGGACCGAUUGGAAGCGGAUCAACGAUACACCGUCCAGUCGCCUUCGUCGCAGUCAUCCGCUCAUUCUUCGGAAGGGGAAGGAUCACCUGUCUUUGGAUAUCGCGAGGGGAGCGAGCCAGAAGAGUCAGUCACGCAGAGCGAAGGAUCCGCUGCUCAUGUGGUAGAGGAGACACAGGAAGUGCCAGCGGAAGAGCGACCAACACAGGAGCAGCCGCUUGCAAUCAGUGAGGAACCAGUGCAGAAUGACGAAGAGCCGCCAGAGGAUGAAUUGGAGGCGUGCGCCAUGCUCGAGAUGCUGGAUUCACCCCAAAUGCGCACUCUGUCAUAUCGCAGUCAGAGGCGGAGUGUCAGAAGCAAGACCCUGCCCAACCGCAGCCCUGAAAAUCAACAGCAGCAGCAGCCAUCCAGGCUCUCCCGGCUCGGUGCCGCUCUGUCGAGGACAGUGCGAGGUGGCAAGAGCCAGCCACAGCCAUUGGUGAAGGACGAAGACGGGGCGCUUCAAGCCACAUCAGCAGAGAGAAAGCAAGAAACCGCCGCAGCAGGGGAGAAUGCCAAUGUUCACGAAGCUGUCAGUGGAGAGUCACCAGCAGAAGCAGACGGAGGUUUCCAGCUUGAGACAUCGCCAGAUGAAGCGAGAGCAAGCGCAGAGGACAUACAAGCGCCCCAGGGGCUUGCUGACGACCACGAAGCCCCGACGGAAGAACGGCGGGAAGACUUCCUCCCCACAGAGACGCCCGAAGCUGCAGAAUCGGUGGCGCCAGCUGUGACACGUCCAUCCGAGUCCCUCACCCUCCCCAUUCCUUCCAUCGCCCAGACCUCCAUCACACCCAUAUCCGACACCCCCCUGCCCACACUCGUCCGCUCACACCUGGACCAGAUCUACAGGACGGCACUUCACCGCGUCCUCAUCGAGCCAGCCUCACUGGAGAGCGUCCCUCGCGACCUCUACACAAUCAAGGAAGAGGAGAUACAAAGGAGAGCAGACGAGCAGGACAUGCUCACGGCAGAUCCCCCUGCGAGCCUGUGUCGGUACUUCUCUCUGGAUGUGAUCGAGGAGGAGAAGACGGAGAGCGAAGUGGAGAAAGAGCCGCAGGAAGGGGCCAGGCAGAGAUGGAAUCGUCUCCUCCAGAACGUGGCGUUUGCGCGGUCGGCGACGUUUGAUGCAUCGAAACACUCAACCAUUGAGUCCGUCCAUCAGACGAAUCUCCUCCAAGUAUGACACACCGACGGCCUGGUCCGCCUCUUCGUUCCCGUUUGGCACCGUCCUGUCUCCUUUGACUCCAGGCUACUGAAGGGCUUUUGGAUUUGAUCAAGGCCUUUAAGGCAAAGGAUAUGGAGGGCCGCGGUGAGCUGUCCAAAGUGAUUGUCCGCGCCAUUAUUCGCAAACAGCUGCCAAAACAGGUAGGGGAGUUGGCACGCGAGCGUCCACGCAAAUUUGUCUCUCUACUUAUCUGCAUCUCUGUGUCUCCUACAGCUUCGGCAGUAUCUGAUCCAUGAGCAUGAGGACAUCUUUGGCGGCGAUCCCAAUGACUUAAUUUCCCUCGCCCAGUUCACCGCCAUCAUAUCUCAGGCAAUCCACGGGGGCGGGAGCAGGGUCCAAUCACCCAUCGCACUCGACCUCCAAGAGGCCAAGCAAGAGCGAUUGCGGUCCAUGAGGCCCUUCCGCGCGGUGCAGUACGGCAAGCGCCCUCCCAGAAAGAUAGACACAGCGGAGUUUGGUCUCCCAGAGUCGGCCUUCUUCCCUCCUGGCUGGGGAGGAGCACAGCCGGUGUCGACACGGAUGUCUACGGCCCAGUUUGGCGGCAGCGGUGUGACGAGCCGGCGCAGCAGCUUUCGCAGUGGGGCCAGUGGGCAGAGUGUGGGUGGGGGUGCGGGCAGCAACAGCGCGUCCAGAGACAGCCUCAAGGACAUCUACAAGAGCAGACUGGUUGAGUUCGUGAAGGCCAAGUCUGAUGGCCUUGCCUCCGUCUCAGCCGUAGGAGAGAGGAGGGAGGCAAGGGCGGAGCUAAGAAAAAGGCUAAGCCAUUGAUUGAUAAGUGUGGAAGGGAAGACAGACGAUGUGGUUGAGCUGAG